AUGCAGAUGGUAGUGGUACUAGCUGGCGCCCUCUUCCUCAGCGAAACGUACUCGGACGCGCUGCUGGUCGCUAAAGCUCAUCGCCUUCGUCAAGAUAUUGGAAACUGGGCGCUGCAUUCCAGAAACAAAGAGCAAAGUUCCAGUCUUGGCGAAAUGGCAAAUAAAUUUUUGAUGCGACGCUUUCGUUUACUGGUAACCCCUAUUUGUUUUCUCAUGGUUUUGUAUUCGUUUGCUUAUGGUAUCCUCUAUUUGUAUCUAGCCGCGGUGCCUGUACAGUUUGGACCGGGAGGUGGUUAUCGACCGGUGACAUCGGAGCUCCCUUUUCUUGCACUUCUGCUAGGCACAAUCUUCAGCGGCACUGCAAAUACCAUAUUUGAAGCAAACGAAAAUCAACCAGUCCCCAAAGAUCAUCUUCCACCAAUGAUGAUCGGCAGUAUAUUCUUCGCUGCAGGUCUCUUCGUCUUCGGUUGGACAUCCCUAUCAAACAUCUACUAG